GGUUGAGCACUCGGAACCUCCUUCCCCUUUCCUCCUCUUUAUUUGAGGCGUCUGAGUUGAACAAGACAUGAAGGAUAAAUUUCAUCUAUUCAAUUGGUUGCAGUUUCUUGAAUCAAUUGCUGCGCUUUAGUAUCUCCGCUUCCUUCUUCAAAAGGGAAAAAAUUCUUUUUUUUUUUUUUUUGGGUUUAAACUUGAGCAGGGUUUGGGGGCAAGGGGUGGAGAGAGCUUGAAUAUGGCAUAUGUAGGUGGAGCGGCAGCAGCAGCAUCAGGUGGGCCGACAUCAAUAAGACAAGUGAAGUUGGAUAAAGAAUGUGAGCUCAGAAUUGAAGUGGCUGAAACGCCUUUCCGUCUUCGCCUUCUCACUGGAACAGCUGAGAUUUUUGGCACUGAGAUCCCUCCUGAAAUCUGGCUUUCUUUCCCUCCAAGACUCAAAUUUGCUGUUUUUACCUGGUAUGGAGCCACAAUUGAAAUGGAUGGUACCACUGAGACAGAUUAUACAGCAGAUGAGACUCCCAUGGUUAGUUAUGUGAAUGUGCAUGCGGUGCUAGAGGGACGAAGAAAUCGCGCAAAAGCUUCGCCAGGUGACUCUGAUGCCUCUCAGGGCCCCAGGGUUAUUGUUGUGGGACCUACAGAUUCUGGAAAAAGUACUUUGUCUAGGAUGCUUCUCAGUUGGGCAGCUAAACAAGGUUGGAAACCAACAUUUGUUGAUUUGGACAUAGGCCAAGGAUCCAUAACAAUUCCUGGAUGCGUAGCUGCUACACCGAUUGAGAUGCCAAUUGAUCCGGUUGAAGGAAUCCCACUUGAGAUGCCUUUGGUAUACUUCCAUGGGCAUCCAACACCUAGUGCCAAUGUAGAUUUUUACAAGGUUCUUGUAAAGGAGCUUGCUCAAACUCUUGAGAAACAGUUUUCUGGGAAUGCCGAAUCUAGAGCAGCAGGCAUGGUCAUCAAUACCAUGGGAUGGAUAGAUGGUGUUGGUUACGAUUUGCUGCUCCAUGCAAUUGAUGCUUUUAGUGCCUCUGUUGUUCUGGUAUUGGGUCAGGAGAAACUCUGCAGCAUGCUCAAAGAUGUACUGAAAAACAAGCCAAAUGUUGAUGUCGUGAAACUUCAAAAAUCUGGUGGUGUUGUGUCAAGGAACCCAAAAGUGCGCCAAAGAGCCAGGGGUGGUAGGAUAAGGGAGUACUUUUAUGGUCUGGCAAAUGAUCUUUCCCCACAUUCUAAUAUUGCUAACUUUAGCGACUUGUCCAUCUAUCGAAUUGGUGGUGGGCCACAAGCCCCACGUUCAGCUUUGCCAAUAGGGGCUGAGCCUACUGCAGACCCUACAAGAUUGGUUCCUGUUAACAUCAACAGAGACUUGCUCCAUUUGGUUCUUGCUGUCUCAUAUGCGAAAGAACCAGAGCAAAUUAUAUCAAGCAAUGUUGCUGGGUUCAUCUAUAUCACAGACAUUGACAUUCAGAGGAGGAAAAUUACAUAUCUCGCACCAUGUCAUGGAGAACUUCCAGGUAAAUAUUUGAUCGUGGGGAGCCUGACGUGGGUUGAAACCUAGGCGUAGAAGGCAUAAAGUAAUAGCAGAGUCAAAGUGAGUGCAGUAAACCAAUAGCAAACUCAAUUUUUUUUCCCUGCAAGCUACCAUGACUGAGUGACUUAACUCCUGAUCAAGGUUUAGACUUUUUUUAUUUUUUUUGGGAAACACAAUCAGGGCUGUAAUCAUAUCUGUGCUACUUGUAUAGUCUGAGUUGGGUAGGAAUUGCCGGUUUUUUUUUUAAUGCAAAUUGGGUUACUUAGAUGUUAACAGUUUUUCCCCAAUGCAAAUUAGUAUGCAGUUCAUUUAGUCA